AUGAAACAUUGCAAGCGUGGCAUUAGGCCAACACCAAGCGAGAGACGUGAAUUGAUCAGUUUAAUCAGUGGUGACAUGAUUGCGCUGGGUUGCCCCAAACGUGCGACCAUUAAACGAGUUGCGAAGAGUAUUGUCGCAAAGUACCCAGACUCAUUGGAGGAUAAGAACACAGACGGGAGGAGACUGGGUAAUGGAUAUCAGUCGCUCUUUACAAAGUUAGAAAAUAAGAUAUACAAUGAAGGUCAGAAGAAAAGACGGCUACAGAGACAAAGUGAACUAAAAACAGGAGAGGCACCCAAACGGAAUGCCCAAGAUGAUGACAAUAAAGAUCGAUAUGGUUGCAUUGAACAUCAGUGGAAGCCAAAGAUGCCUGAGGGAGAAAUGAUCCAAACUCAAGAAGAGAAGAAGGGUACCUUAAAAAGCUUUGGUCCUGAAUAUGAUUCAAAAGAAGUCACCCGCCUGAUGAGUGAGACCUACUUUCUGCAACGGAAGAAUAUAUGCGAGAACUCAACGGUGAAAGAACUGAUGGUAGAGUGGCCAUUCCUUUUCAAGUACGAAUGUCUUUCAGUACACUUCGAACAUCUAACAGGUGUCAAGAUUGAUUCGGCCUAUAAAGAAUCGCUCGUUGCCCGCAAUAAGGGUUUCAGGAUUUGGGAAUUCCUGAGCUCAACUGCAUCUGGUUCGAAGAAAUCCAACAAACUGAAGACUUGGAUUUCACUGGUCACUGGUAACAGAGAGGCUGUUGAAAAGGACGGAGAUAAACCCGAGACACCAUUCAUUGCAAUCAUUGAUGCAGGUGAAGAAAAACCAGUGGGUAUUAUUGUGACCUUUAAAGCUUACGACAACAGCAUCUUGAUCUUUUUCAGGGAACUUGUCGGAAUCAAUCCGGAAAAGAUGAACACGAAAAGGAAGAAGAAUGCCAAGAAGGUGCCAAUUCAUCCUAGGAUUGUCAGUUUGUUGAAUGGAACUCGGGACUUUGAGUCGGAUUGGGGAUGCCCAAUGUAG